AUGGCCGAGUGGUCUAAGGCGCCAGACUCAAGUUCUGGUCUUCGAAAGAGGGCGUGGGUUCAAAUCCCACUUCUGACAUUUUUCUUUUACACUUUCAACAAAUUGUUGGUAAAGACAACUUUUAGUUACAGAACUUCUUGA